GUGAUAACUAGCUGAUUAAAACACCGACUGUGUUAUAAGUUAUAAAAUGUUUGAUUUUAUGAAAUAAAUACUUGUUGAAAAGUGAUCUUAAAGUGAGAAAAGUGUAUUUACAGUUAUAGUUUUAGGCUUAGUUCUUUUCAUAGGCGUGUUCGUCGGGAUUCCAAAGGGCCGGGGCAAAUAUGUACUUUGCUUUCCGUCAAAAACGUGUGUGAUAUUUUCUUACUUAAAAGUACAUAAAAGUUUGAAAUGGAUUCAACUAAAAAAUACGUAAAGGUAUCACCAGAAGAAAAUGCUAGUCUUAUUUCAAAACUAUUUUACUGGUGGUUUCUACCGUUUUUUAAGUUUGGUUACGUAAACGACGUAACUAUAAAAGAUGUAUAUAAUACCACAAAAGGUGAUUUAUCAGCCGCCCUUGGGGAUGCAUUACAGAAAAAUUGGGAAUAUGAAAUUAGAAAUCAUGAAGAAAAAAAGCAAAAGAAGCCUAGCCUUAAGAAUGCCAUAUUUAAGACAUUUUGGAAACCUUUCUCCAGAUCUGGCAUAGCAAUAUUUUUUCAAUUUGUAGUUAUUAGAAUGCUUCAACCGAUAGUAUUAGCCGAAUUUAUAAACUAUUUUGACACGAAACAAGAAGCUUACAUUGGUUGGUCGCUGGCAUCCGGUGUAGUCAUAAUGGCAUUUCUUAAUGUUGUCAUAACGCAUAGUUGUACUUUAGAUAGCCAAAGGGUCGGAAUGCGAGUGCGUAUAGCAGUGUGUUCCUUAAUUUACAGAAAACUCUUGAAGUUGAAUCACAAUUCUCUGGGUCAAACGGCAUCCGGGCAACUGGUUAACCUCUUAUCUAAUGAUGUCCAAAGAUUUGACUUGGCCGCCCAAUUUAUACAUUAUGCUUGGAUUAUGCCAAUUACUGCAGGGAUAUCGUUUUACAUUUUAUAUCGAUAUGUUGGUAUCAUAGCUGCCGUUACUGGAAUGGUUUUCAUAACUCUGGAGUCUAUUCCUUUACAAGGUAGUUUUUCGAAAUGGCAAGGAAAACUAAGAUACAAAAUUGCUUUAAAGACAGACAGAAGAGUAAAAUUGAUGAGUGAAAUUACUUCUGGAAUACAAGUGAUCAAAAUGUAUGCCUGGGAAAAACCAUUCGAAAAAGUCGUAGAGCUCUCUAGAAAAUUCGAAAUAGAUAUAAUAACAACUACCUCUUACUGCUAUGGCGUCCUAUCAGCAAUGGGCAUAUUCACAGAACGUACGAUUUUGUACAUUACCGUCAUUACUUUUGUACUGGUUGGACAAAGAUUAACGGGAGAUGUAGUAUUUUCUUUAGCUCAGUUAUUUAACACUGUUCAACUGGUUAUGGCGAUAUUCUUCCCAAGAGCUUUGUCAUUUUAUUCUGAAGCCAAAGUAUCUAUUUCAAGGUUAGAAGAUUUCCUUUUAUUGGAGGAAACUGAGAAGAUUUCUGAGCCAGAAAAAAUCUCCAACCCAGAUGAAUUAGGAGAAAUUCAGUUGACUAAUAUUUCAGCAAGUUGGGCAUCAAAACCAAUUGCUCCCACCCUGAUGGAUCUCAAUUUACACAUUCAACCUGGAACUUUAUGUUGCGUCGUUGGUAACGUAGGAUGUGGAAAAAGUAGUCUUCUGCAGUUACUUCUGAAAGAAUUACCAUCAAAUAAGGGACAAAUGAAGAUAAAUGGGAAAAUUUCCUAUGCUUCCCAAGAACCUUGGCUUUUCGUUUCAAAUGUGAAAGAAAAUAUACUUUUUGGAAAACCGUUUAUGAAAAACAGGUACCAUGACGUAGUUAAGGUAUGCUCUCUAGAAAGGGAUUUUAAACAAUUUCCCUAUGGAGAUAGAAGCUUAGUAGGUGAAAGAGGGACAUCGUUAAGUGGAGGACAACGAGCAAGAAUUAACCUUGCAAGAGCAGUAUAUACUGAAGCAGAUAUUUACUUAUUCGACGAUCCGCUGUCAGCGGUCGAUACAAAGGUAGCAAGGCAUCUAUUUGAUGAAUGUAUAUCGAAAUAUUUAUACGGAAAAACUAGAAUUUUGGUCACACAUCAGCUCCAAUUUAUGAAGAAAGCUGAUUUAAUAGUUAUUAUAAACAAUGGUCAAAUUGAAAAAGUGGCCAAAUUUAACGAAUUGUCGGAAAAUGACUUGAAUGCUCUUCAACAAGAACCUGAGACCGACGAUAAAGAGAAAGAAAAAAUACCAGAAACUGUCGAUAAAAUUCGUAAAAAUUCGACAGUACCCCAGUUCCAGUCUAUGAGUUCUUUGAGUAGUUCUAUAUUCUCGGAUGAUCCGAAUGAAGAAGACGAACUUAUCGAAAAAGGUGCCAUUUCAAAUGCUACUUAUGUGGAAUAUUGGAAAUCAGGCGGUGGAAUUGUAUUCUUAUUAUUUACAGUUUUUAUGUUCCUCUUCGCUCAAAUGAUUACGAAUGCAUCAGAUCUUUGGCUUACACAUUGGACUAAUUACGAAGCAAAAAGAUACAAUCUUAAUGCUUCUUUAUACAGUACAACUUUUAAUAAAACCUUAGGAGGACCGUUAUUAAUGUCUACUGGAUUACCUAAUGACAAUACAACUUCUGCUAUAUUAUUUACAAAUUCAACACCAUCUGCAGAUAGUUCACUUCCAAAUCUACCUCUUCAUUCAACUGAUAAUUUAACAGAUCAUCUCAGAAGUAUACCUCCACCGAAUACUAUUUUAGAAGAACUAAAUGACAUUCCAUCUACAGAAUAUUAUAUUUAUGUGUAUUCUGGAAUUAUAUUAGCUUCUAUCGUAUUUCUUACGUGGAGAUCAUUCCUUUAUUACCAAAUAUGUAUGACUGCUUCCAAAGUUUUGCAUAAUAAGAUGUUUCACAAUGUUCUUCAAGCUCCAAUGAGAUUUUUUGAUACAAAUCCAUCAGGGCGAAUUUUAAACAGGUUCUCAAAAGAUAUGGGUGCAGUAGAUGAACUUUUACCACGCUGUCAAAUUGACGCUAUUCAAAUUUUUAUGGUUAUGAUUGGUAUCUUAGCGAUGGUGUUCAUAGUGACUCCUUGGAUGAUUAUCCCAGCGGUAAUACUUGCUCCAUGUUACUACUUCUUCCGUGUAGUUUACUUAACAAGUGCUCAAUCUUUAAAAAGACUGGAAGGAGUGUCAAGAGCUCCGGUAUUUUCCCACAUAUCAGCUUCAUUGUAUGGUAUAACAACAAUUAGAGCCUCAAACGCUGAACAAAUGAUAACUACAGAAUUUGAUAUCUUACAAGAUCAGCAUACCAGCACGUGGUACUUAUUUAUAGUCAGCAGUACCGCUUUUGGAUUUUAUUUGGAUGUGAUGAGCUGCUUCUUCUUGGCACUUGUGACUUACCAGUUUCUUAUUUUUAGAACAGAAAAUACUUUAAGUGGAAACGUGGGAUUGGUCAUAUCUCAAAGUCUCAUAUUAACUGGUUAUGGUACAAUAUGGAGUGCGACAAAGUGCAGAAGUGGCAAGUAAUAUGAUUAGCGUAGAAAGAGUUUUACAAUAUACUAAACUUGAUAAGGAAGGACCUUUUGAAACGUUACCUGCCAAGAAACCACCAAGGAAUUGGCCUGAAAAGGGAAGAAUUAUAUUUAAGAAUACGUACUUAAAAUACGCUCCGGAGCUUCCACCUGUAUUGAAAGAUUUAAAUAUAGAAGUAAAUUCUGGCGAGAAGGUCGAACUUAAAGGUGCUAUUAGUGACUUAAAUCAAGUUGUCAGUGAAGGUGGAUCUAACUUCAGUGCUGGCCAAAGACAACUUAUAUGUCUCGCUAGAGCUAUUAUACGCAAUAACAAAGUUCUUGUUAUGGAUGAAGCUACCGCAAACGUAGAUCCACAGACUGAUGGUCUCAUCCAAAAAACUAUUCGUGAGAGAUUCCAAGACUGUACAGUACUUACAAUUGCCCACAGAUUAAACACCAUUAUGGAUUCAGACAGAGUUUUAGUCAUGGAUGCCGGACAGGCCAUGGAGUUUGAUCAUCCAUAUGAGCUUCUACAAAAUCCAGAAGGAUAUUUUAGCAAGAUGGUCCAGGAAACCGGACCCGCCAUGGCAGAAGUACUAAGUAAUGUAGCGAAAAAUGACUAUAUUAAGAAGAAGGGAGCGUUAACCAAUGAAGUUCAGCAAAAUUUAGGAAUUGAAGAUAACAAAGAUUAGUUACUUAAAUUAGAAUAUUUAUUUUAUAUAAUGAAAAUAUUAGAGUUUGUAAUAUCUAAUUAAAGUGAAAAUAAAUUUGUGAUGUUUUGAUAAAUUGCAGCUGCAGAACAAAGAAAUAAACGAAUAUCAAUAAUUGUUGUAAAUC